AGCGAUCCUUAUUUUCAUCCGGGCACUGUUGCCUGGACAACAUUAGAAGCCAUAUUUGUUGUUUGGUGCAGUCUCAGCAAACAUGCCUCCAAAGAAGAAAAGUGGAAAGAAGGGAAAGAAGGGGAAGAAGUCUGGGAAGGCAAAAACUCCCACUGUUAUAGAUGGCAUCCCCACAGAAGAGAUGACCAAAGAACAGCUUGAAGAACAUGUUGUACGUUUAAGAGAAGAAUUGGAUCGUGAAAGAGAAGAGAGAAACUACUUCCAGUUAGAGAGAGACAAAGUGAACACCUUCUGGGAAAUCACAAAGAGACAGCUGGAAGAGAGAAAGGCAGAAAUCAGGAACAAAGAUAGAGAAAUGGAGGAUGCUGAGGAAAGGCAUCAAGUAGAAAUCAAGGUUUACAAACAAAAAGUGAAGCACUUGCUGUUUGAACACCAAAACAACAUAUCGGACCUGAAGGCAGACAAUGUGUGUGCUCUAAAACUGGCUCAGGAGGACCACAGGGAUGAGGAAAAGAAGUUGAGGAAAGACAAGAGGGCCCUCAAAGUCACCCUCAAAGAGGAGGAGCUGUCCCAUGAGGACAUCAUCAAGAAUCUUAAAAAGAAACAUGAUGAACAGAUCACUCAGUUACGAAGCGAUUUUGAAAGACAAGCAAGAGAAAUUGAGGCCAAAUAUGAAAAGAAGAUGAGGACAUUGAGAGAUGAACUUGAUUUACGUCGCAAAACAGAGAUUCAUGAAAUUGAGGAGAGAAAGAAUGGCCAGAUCAACGAAUUAAUGAAGACACAUGAGAAAGCCUUUACAGACAUCAAAAAUUAUUACAAUGACAUCACUCUUAAUAAUCUGUCUCUCAUCAACACACUGAAGGAACAAGUUGAGGAAUCAAAGAAGAAGUACGAACACAUGGAGAAAGAUCGUGCCGAGGUGAUGGCGGAGAACAAACGUUUGUUGGAGCCACUCCGAGAGGCCAAAGAACAAGUGGACCUGCUGAGGAAGAAACUGGCCAACUAUGAGAAAGACAAGGAAACUCUCAGAAUGACAAAGGCAAGGCUAAAGGUCACAGAGGAGGAACAGAGGGCCCUCAAAUGGGAGCAUGAGGUUCUGGAACAGAGGUUUGAAAAGACCCAGGAUGAGAGAGACGACCUGUACAGGAAGUUUGUGAAGGCCAUCCAUGAGGUUCAGCAGAAGAGUAACUUCAAGAACCUCCUCCUGGAGAAGAAACUGGGAGCUCUGGCCGACACCCUGGAGAAGAAGGAGGCCCAACUCAACGAGGUCCUGUCCGCCUCGAACCUCGAUCCCACAGCACUUACUGUUGUCACCAGAAAACUGGAGGAUGUACUUGAUUCCAAGAAUAGUGCUAUCAAGGAUCUUCAAUAUGAACUGGCAAGAGUCUGCAAAGCACAUAACGAUCUACUGAGGACGUACGAAGCCAAACUCACACAGUUCGGAAUCCCCACAGAAGAACUAGGCUUCAAACCCCUGGAGAGCACUGUAGGGGGUCAGGCUUUGGGACAGGGGCCUGCUGGACUUGUAUCUGCCCCAUCCUAGAUCUGACAAUGUGUCUAUUUCCAAUCCGUCCACUAAAUGUUUUAUCCAUUUUGAUCACAUUCUAUAAACUAUAUAAAGUGGAUUUUAAUAGGAAAAGAUAAAACAACAAAUAGAAGAUGUGGUUUUCAUUCAAAAAUUGUUUAAAAUAUUACAAAAGAGGUCUCAACUAAGUUAUGAAACAAGACUUAAAGAAGUUAUGAUUUCUAACUUAUUAAUAAUUCUGUUGGUUUUGUACUGAAUCAUGUCUGUGAUCGAGUUUUCCUUGUAUGAAUGGAGUGUGUGAAAUGAGAGGGAUAUAUAAGUAUUUACAAGAAUAAACUGUGAUAACUCUCUGAAAAUGUACAGAUAUUGUAAAUAAAUACUAGAAAAUUUUAA